AUCAGCAGCUGGUUUGUUCUAAAAAUUGGUUCAGUUAUUAUCUCGCAACCUAGUUAUAGGGUAGUGACUUCGCAGAAAAAAUGUCAGAACUACACUUCACUCCAAUUCUCCAUCCCCCUUUGGGGGCUUCAAGCACUUGUUUUCGGGGUUCCCCUAUCAAGUUUCAUGCAUUGAUGCAAAUAGAUGCAAGCAAGGAUGCUAUAAUCAAUCCCGCAGAGAGGUUCACGGUUCUUCUCUGGUAUUCUACUGACGGUCGUGGAACAUGGGCACCGGCACCGUUCGAGGAAAUCUCGCUUUACAAUGGAUGGGUCUGAAUCCCCGUUUUCUGUACUUGGGUAAUUAUUGAGGAAACUCCGACUGAUGCUGGGUACAACAGGAGAAAAUGCAACGCCCAGGAAGGAGGGAUCUGUUUGUGCUCGACCUCGAUUACGAUUCUGAGUUGGGACCUUUGCAAUUCUGUCUGAAGUACAGGCUCGGUGAUGGCCCCUGGUAAGAGCAACCCUAACCCAAUUUUUUCUUAGCAAUCUAACCAUGGAUUAGGCUUUGGGCGGGCUCCCGGAUCGGGGGUGUGGAUGGUAGAGUUGUCUUCCAAGGACCCUGCGAAUAUGUGAUUCCCAAGGAUAUAAUCGGGAUUGUGCCUGAAAGUGGAUGGGAUUCGCAUGCAAUAACAUUAAAGGAUGGGUAUCAAGUUACUGAGUACGGGUGUUCGGUAAGGGGGGAGGGAAUUCUUGAGUUACCGUUUGGCAAGCCUGUGGGGUUGGUUGAGAGAUGGAUGGCGUUGGCCAAGAUCGCCAGUAUGGUUCAAGCUAUCCUAGCCCGUUAUUGAGUCGUCACUGAGAUGGGUUAUAGCGCCGUGGAUGGGUCCGCUUCAUGGAACGAAGAAUAUCUUUAUUCAGAAAGAUGCCCUUCUUGCUAUGUUUCAGCGUGCGCAUGAUGGGGCCCAUGUUGUUUUGCUGCCGGUAUCUGGCCUCGAGGGAGGUAGUACAUAUCUAACGUCUGACACUGAGGGGGACGGCCAGCUCGUUGUCAGGUCGAUGGGUGAUCAUGAAAAAUGUUAUGGUGGAGAAAGAGAUGUCAAGUUGCUCAUGGGAUUUGGACCUGAUCCCCGUGGAACUGUUGCGUGUGUGUUCAACCAUCUAAAACGGAAAAUAAAGGAGAAGCAGGAUAAGGCGACCGAUUCUUGUGAGUACCUCCUUCACCAGAAUGGUGCGAAAACCUGAGGUGGUAAGAACCAACACUAAUAUUUCGAGUAUAGAUACUGGAUCAAACAAUUCCUCCACCUACCCCGGAGAUUCUCAGGAGAGGUCGCCUUGGGAAGAUGGAGUUACCUAUUGUACGUGGAACGGGCUUGGUUGGGAUCUGAGCGAAAAUAAAAUCUUGGAUGCUUUGGAGGAACUUGGCAAGUCAGGGAUACAAGGUAAAAGACAUAUUCGUAGUUUGUCGGCCGGGUUAGCUGAGGUUAUCGUGCAGUCUCCAACCUUGUUAUCGAUGAUAACUGGCAAACUCUGGUAUACCAUUCUAUCCAACUGCCGUGUGCCGAGAUCUGAUGGAGACAUAUAGGCUGGGCGUAAUUAUGGUUCUAGUGGUACAUGGUCAUCUUUCGAAGCAAAUGAGAAGUUUCCUGGUGGCCUUAAAGGAAUUAUCAACAAAGUGCGGGAAAGGUUUCCGGAUAUCAAACAUAUCGGAAUCUGGCAUGCACUGGUACGUACUCUUGAUAGUUGUUAUGGUUCGGAGGCAGUAUAUUAAUGAAACAAGCACGGCUAUUGGGACGGUAUCACCCCAAACAGCGCUCUUGCGGAGAAAUACAAAACCAUCGAAGUUCCCUGGAGAGAUAACGUCAACGCAAUAACCAGGAACCUGACAAUGAUUGAUCCCGAGGAUGUUGGGAGAUUCUAUGAUGACUUUUACAAGCAAGUGUAUUAGGUGCAAUUUCUUGGAAACCGUGUUAACUGGUAGUUUUAGGUUUCUUUCAGAGAGUGGUAUCGAUUGUGUGAAAACUGAUGUUCAAUGCCGGAUCGAGGAGCUUACUUCAGGCACCGACAGGGCCAGGCUGGCCGGUCCUUAUCAAGAAGCCUUUAGAAAAAGCGGUAAUAAAUUCCUUGUUAUUUCUUGCUUACCGUGCUAAACUAGAAUUUAAUAGCUAUAAAGUACUUUGACCAAAGGGUUAUAUAUUGUAUGUCCCAUGUACCACAAAUAUUGUACACCGCUUUGCUGCGGGAUGAUGGAUUGAAAGUGUUCUUGAGGUAUUCCACAGCCCACCCCGAUCCAGUACUGAUGUAUUAGAAUAUUGAAUCAGUUUAGGACCUCAGAUGGUGUGCUAAACCCUUCCUGAAUAUACUCACGAGGCUCGAAUACUAAGAUUAGUUGUCUCCAAGACUUCUAUCCCAAUCUUCCUCAAAGUCAUUCAUGGCAUAUAUUUGCCAAUGCGAUGAAUAUGAUACUUUUCGGCCAACUUCAUAUCUUGCCUGGUUAGUUGCCAUAGGUUCCCUGCCCCCUCCGUCCUUACUGAACAUGGUAGAUUGGGAUAUGUUUCAAACAUCUCUUCCGCAGUAUGCUUCUAUUCAUGCUGCCGCUCGUUGCCUUUCCGGUGGGCCUAUUUUUAUAACAGACUCCCCAGAAUCGCACGAUCAACAUCUGGUGUCUUCAAUGGUCUCUACGACACCCUCUUCUAGAACCCCUCGUGCCCUUCGUCCUAGUGAAAUGGCAUAUGCGAUAGAUCCUUAUCUUGGGUAUCGCUCAAGCAGACUUCUCUGCGUGAAAAAUAGUUACUUAAACGCGAGCGGCAUGGUGCACUUGCUGGGCGUUUUUAAUGUAUCAAGUACCUAUUUGGUGGAGCUCGUUCGAGCAUUUUGGCCGAGCGGUGGAGAGUGGGUAAUCCGGGGGCACAAUAACCAGAAUGUUAAAAAGCCUGAAGGGGAACUAAUGGUAGUGGGAUUGGAAGCGGGUGAUUGGGAGAUUUUCACAGCGGCAACGGUUAAGGAUGGGGUUGCAGUCCUGGGACUAAAAGAGAAUAUGACAGGAGCCGCAGCGAUUUCUAGGUGGAGCGUGGAAACAGGCAAAGAAGGUAAGAAGAUUGAGGUAGAAUUAAGAGCUCUGGGAACCCUGGGUAAGUGGACCCCUAUUUGGGAACUGCCGUUUGCAACUUGAGCUGAUAAUACGGUUGGCUAAGUGGUAUACAUCGAGGGCCUCGAGCCUGUAGUAAUCCCGCCAAUAAAGGGAGAAUCCUCUCCUGAAAAAUUACAGUUGGGGGUAUACCCUGUAGUUUACGAGAACUGUCUAGAAAUUGAGCUACUAAAGGGGGAGGGUGCAAUGGAGAGCACCCUCGACCCCAUGAUAGAGAAGGGGACUCUUACCUGUACUAUUAACAUAGAUAUGGCUGCAAGGCUCUCAGCGAUACAGAUAUCUUAAGAGCUGGUCCCAGCAUAAGCACCGUCAAACUCUAGUGUUGUAAACCUUGGCAAUAUAUAGAGAAAUUUAUAUCAUCAUAGUACU